CUUCCUGCUCCAGCCUGCUCUUUCCUCCCUCUGAGAUGGACAAGUCCCUCCUGCUAGAGCUCCCUGUCCUCCUCUGCUGCUUUCGAGUACUGUGCGGGUCAUUUGCUGACCAAGAACAAAAAAUCGGUGAACUAUCUGUUGAUAAAAGCAAACUUCCUGAAAUGAUUCAGUGUAGGACGUGCCACAUCCAGUUUCCAAGACAGAAGUGUUCCAGAGGCAGAGGACUAUGUACUGCAGUGAAUGAAGCUUGCACAACUGGGAGGAUUUACAAAAAUGAUGGCACUCUCUGGUUAACCUUCAGGGGGUGCCUAAAGAACUGCGCUAACGUGAACGACAUAAGGUGGAGUGUCUACCUGGUGAACUUCAGGUGUUGCAGGAGCCAUGAUUUGUGCAAUGACGACAUCUAGAAAUCACUGGUCCUUUUCUGGCUCCAGUCUCUGGGACCAGGCAAAAGACAUCGACCUCCUAGACAGCCUCCAUCCCAGAUCUCUGUACGGAGAAUCCCACUUUCCCACCAGCCCAUGGUUCCAGUCUCCCUCCAUGUGUUGAGUCCAGGGAUCGUGGCCACGACUGAUAGUAUCUUUUGUUUCUUCCU